CCCCUGCACCCCUCGCGCCCCCGGGGCCAUGGGAGCCAGCUGCCCGCCGGGACCACACCUUUGAGACCCACGAUCGGGUCACCGAGACCAUGAGGAACGAUCGGACCCGCACGGCCGGAGGGGGCCCGCAGGACUUCGGCGCGGGACUCAAGUACAGCUCGCGGCUGGAGAACAUGAAUGGCUUUGAGGAGGGUGUGGAGUUCCUGCCAGCGAACAAUGCCAAGAAGGUGGAGAAGCGGGGCCCCAGGCGCUGGGUGGUGCUGGUGGCCUUGCUGGUCGUCUUCCUCCUGCUUUCACUCGUGGCUGGCUUUCUGGUGUGGCACUUCCAGUACCGGAAUAUGCGGGUGCAGAAGGUCUUCAAUGGCUACCUGAGGAUCACAAAUGAGAACUUUCUGGAUGCCUAUGAGAACUCAAACUCCACGGAGUUUAUAAGCCUGGCCAGCAAGGUCAAGGAAGCGCUGAAGCUGUUAUACAGCGGAGUCCCUGUCCUGGGGCCCUACCAUAAGACGUCAGCUGUAACUGCCUUCAGCGAGGGCAGCGUCAUCGCCUACUACUGGUCAGAGUUUAGCGUUCCACAGUCCCUGGUGGAGGAGGUGGAGCGGGCCAUGGCGAAGGAGCGAGUGAUCACGUUGCCUCCAAAAGCGCGGGCACAGCGCUCUUUUGUAUUGACCUCAGUGGUGGCCUUUCCCACUGACCCCAGAAUGCUGCAGAGGACUCAGGACAAUAGCUGCAGUUUUGCCCUUCAUGCCCGUGCUGGGGAGCUGACACGCUUCGCCACCCCUGGUUUCCCUGACAGUCCCUACCCAGCUUAUGCCCGCUGCCAGUGGGUUCUGCGGGGGGACGCCGACUCCAUACUGAGCCUCACCUUCCGCAGUUUUGACCUUGCAUCCUGUGAUGAGCAUGACAGUGACCUGGUCACGGUGUAUGACACCCUGAGCCCCAUGGAGCCCCACACUGUGGUGCGGUUGUGUGGUGCCUACCCUCCCUCCUACAACCUGACCUUCCUCUCCUCCCAGAAUGUUUUCCUCGUCACGCUGAUAACCAACACUGACAGGCGACAUCCAGGCUUUGAGGCCACCUUCGUCCAGUUGCCCAAGAUGAGCAGCUGUGGAGGCUCUUUGCAUCAAGCCCAAGGGACAUUUAGCAGCCCCUACUAUCCAGGCCACUACCCGCCCAACAUGGACUGCACAUGGAACAUCAAGGUGCCCAACAACCAGUAUGUGAAGGUGCGCUUCAAGCUCUUCUACCUGGUGGAGCCCAGCGUGCCACUGGGCAGCUGCUCUAAGGACUACGUGGAGAUCAAUGGGGAGAAGUACUGUGGACAGCGGGCUCAGUUUGUCGUCACCAGCAACAGCAGUCAGAUCACAGUCCGUUUCCAUUCUGAUCACUCCUACACAGACACUGGGUUCCUAGCUGAAUACCUGUCCUACGACUCCAGUGACCCGUGCCCAGGGAUGUUCAUGUGCAAGACGGGCCGGUGCGUUCGCAAGGACCUGCGCUGUGAUGGCUGGGCAGACUGCACGGACUAUAGUGAUGAGCGCCAGUGCCGAUGCAAUGCCACCUACCAGUUCACCUGCAGGAACAAGUUCUGCAAGCCCCUCUUCUGGGUCUGCGACAGUGUGAAUGACUGCGGGGACAACAGUGAUGAAGAAGGAUGUAGUUGUCCAGCUGGGACUUUCAAGUGCUCCAAUGGGAAGUGCCUGCCACAGAGCCAGAAGUGUGAUGGGAAGGACAACUGUGGCGAUGGGUCCGAUGAGGCCUCCUGUGACCGUGUAAAUGUUGUCACUUGCACCAAACAUACCUACCGCUGCCACAAUGGACUCUGUGUGAGCAAGGGCAACCCCGAGUGUGACGGGAAGAAGGACUGUAGCGACGGCUCCGAUGAGAAGGACUGUGACUGUGGGCUGCGGUCAUUUACAAAACAGGCUCGGGUGGUUGGUGGCACAAAUGCAGACGAGGGAGAGUGGCCCUGGCAGGUGAGUCUCCAUGCCCUCGGCCAGGGCCACUUGUGUGGUGCCUCUCUCAUCUCUCGAAGCUGGCUGGUGUCUGCAGCUCACUGCUUUACAGAUGACAAAAAUUUCAGGUACUCAGACCCCAAAAUGUGGACGGCCUUUCUGGGCCUGCUGGACCAAAGCAAGCGCAGUGCCUCCGGGGUACAGGAGCACCAGAUCAAGCGGGUCAUCCCCCACCCCUCCUUCAACGACUUCACCUUUGACUAUGACAUCGCACUGCUGGAGCUGGAGAAGCCCGCCCAGUACAGCACUGUGGUGCGGCCUGUCUGCCUGCCAGACACAUCCCAUGUUUUCCCUGCCGGCAAGGCCAUCUGGGUCACAGGCUGGGGACACACCCAGGAGGGAGGAACUGGGGCCCUGAUCCUGCAGAAGGGUGAGAUCCGUGUCAUCAACCAGACGACCUGUGAGGGCCUGAUGCCACAGCAGAUCACCCCGCGGAUGAUGUGUGUGGGCUUCCUCAGCGGGGGAGUGGACGCCUGCCAGGGUGACUCUGGUGGCCCCUUGUCCAGUGUGGAGGCAGAUGGGCGAAUUUUCCAGGCCGGCGUCGUGAGCUGGGGCGAAGGAUGUGCUCAGAGGAACAAGCCAGGCGUGUACACAAGGCUUCCUGUAUUUCGGGACUGGAUCAAAGAUCAGACUGGGGUGUAGAGGCAACGACUGCCCACCAGUCACCCUAGCACGCACACCUGGAGGCUGAGGACCACUGACUGCAUUCCUGCCUUGAUUCUCCCUCUCUCAGACCACAGAUUAUGAACUGAAUCCCAGGACUUUGAAUUCCUCCCUCAGCUUCCAAAGUGGGCCAGGGAGGUAGGGCUGGGGACUGAGAUGCCAAGUGGUCCAGCUGUCAAGGGGUUGGUGGUAACCUCUUCCUCUAACCCCAAGCUGGAGGAAGGUUCUUUCCUGAAAACUUGCUUUCUCUAUUUCUAAAGAGCAGCUAUCAUGGAGCUCCUGGGUGGAGGAGGAAGGGCUGCAGGCUUGUAGGGUAACAUUCUUCAGGAAACCUCAUCUCCAACCCUGGAAAACAGAGGCAUCUCACACUGGAAUUGUUUUGCCAGCUCAUAGGGCAGGCUUCAUUGUGUGUGUUUUGUGUGUAUGAGUAAAACAUUUUGUUUCUUUUUA